UUGUCUUUAAAAUCUAAAUUGAUAUAUUUGUUUUUUUCAUGAAAUUGGAAGAUGCGAUGCAAAUGCUACAAGUGCAGGGGUACAUUGAGGGCACUGGCUAAAUAAAAAACAAGUUCCGGGAACUCUCUAUUCUGGACGAGGUGUAUGGUGAAUUAAAUGCACCACGUGCUUGGAAUAUAUGUAAAUAACACAAUGUUGGAAGUAGACAAAAUGUUGGAAAAAUGCGGUGAUUUUAGUCGGCAGCAGCUAAUCUUGCUGUUACUCUGUCCUUUGAUCAAUCUGCUAUCAGCCAUGCAUUUCCGAUCAUACUCGAUCCUUAAUACUGUGCCAAAGUAUUGGUGUGCUGAUGGGCUGGACUCGGGGGCACCACCGCCAAGUGAAUCCAACUGCAAACCACUGUACAAUAAUUCAACACACUCAAGCUCCUGCAAAAAGUACAACUAUGAGCAUUAUAUGGGUUAUCAGAGUUUCGUCAGUGAAAUGAACUGGAUAUGUGAUCAAGAGGAUAAACUUAGUAAGGGAGACUCAGUGUACUUUGCGGGUUGCUUGAUUGGUUGUCUAGUUAUGGGCUAUUUGGCUGAUAGACUGGGUCGGGUGCCCAUUCUUGUUUUGGCCAAGGUUAUCACCAUAUUCGGCAACUUUUUGACAAUCUUUGGGAUGAGUCUGGCACUUUAUUGUAUAUUUCGAUUUAUUACCGGCUUCGUAAUUAACAGCAACUUUUUUAUUGUUCGCAUUCUAAUUGUGGAAUAUAUGCGUCCUUCUUUGCGCACCGUUUGCCUGAACAUCUGCUUCGGUUUCUUUUUAUUUUUGGGCAUGGUAAGCACACCUUGGAUAGCAAUCCUCUUGGGUACUUGGCGUCGUUUCAUGCUUCUCGAAAUGGUGUCAAUAAUUAUGGUGCCGAUUUUCUUUUAUUUUGUACCGGAGAGCGUACAAUGGCUGAUCUCAAGGAAGAAAUAUGGCCAGGCUAUAGCCGCCCUAAGGCGUGUGGCCAAGAUAAAUGGCCGCCAAAUUGAUGACAACGUCUUUAAAGAAUUCAUUGAUGACUGCAAAUUAAGCCAGCAAAAUGCGAAGAACAACCCAAAUCUGCUUGACCUCUUCAGGACGCCGCACCUACGCCGCACCUAUUUAAUAUUGUUGUUUGAAUUCAUGGUACUUCCCUACUACUGUAAACUCAUCGUUUAUUAUGUGCGUGGCUUUAAGAUUUCGCCAUUUGUAAUGUCCUCAUUGCGCACAGCUCCUAUUCUGCCUGCUUGCUUGGUAGUAAUUAUCCUGCAAGAUCGCAUAGGACGCAAGGCGUUGGCUUUGACAAUACGGCUCCUUAUUGUCCUUUUCCUCUUGCUAUCGGGCGUCUUCCUUUCACACGCUGCUAAUCGCUUACUAUUCACUUUUUUCGUAAUUGGGAGCUUUCUUUGCAACCUUGCCUUCCAGUCAAAUAUGCAGUAUGCCAUGGAGCUGAUUCCAACAUGUGUGCGUGGCCAGGCAUUGGGUGCUAUCCAUGAUGUAGACCUUAUGUACAUAAUAUGCGUAAAAUACAUAUUGAACACGUCUGCAGACUUCUUGUCAUUGCCAGAAAUCAUUCUGGGCGUGCUCACAUUGCUAGGUGCCUGCUUGUUCUUGCUGCUGCCGGAGACAAUGAAUCGCACUCUGCCCUGUUCACUGGAGGAUGGCGAGAAGCUUGGCAAUGACGAGCAUUGGUACACAUUUGGGUGCAUGGAGAAGCGCACGCAGCCGGAAGCGCUUGAUGGCUUGGCUCAAUAAAAUUGAAAAAAGUAGGGUAUACGAAAUGGAAGUGAAAUGAAUACAUUUGCUAGCAACUGGUACUCAAAUCGUUGGUUCAAUUCAACAAAGGGAAAUGUGAAAUUGGUGAAGUCUUAAUUCGUAAUUGUGCAGCUUUGUUUCAAUCAACGAGCAACAUCAAAGCUCAAAUCUAAACGAGCACUGUUAUAAGUUUGAUUAUACAUAAAAUAAAU